CCACGAUGUCCGCGAUAUUUGAUAUCGAGCUGCAGGAUGCAGGACUGCCGCACAGGGACGAGUCGGAGGACGACGACAUCAUCGAGAUCGACGCGGAGGAAUGCGUCACGCUGACCGAGCAUGAGAUCGUAAGCUCGUCUGACGUAGUGGAGACGGUGGCGAUAUCGGAGCAUAAUGUCAAUCGCACGCACGAGAAGGUCGGACCGCAGGACUUUGAAUUGUGCAAAGUUAUUGGAAAAGGCGGCUACGGCAAGGUGUUUCAAGUGCGCAAAAUAACGGGAAACGACACCGGCACAAUCUUCGCUAUGAAGGUAUUGCGCAAGGCUUUGAUUGUAAGAAAUCAGAAAGAUACAGCUCACACUAGAGCUGAAAGAAACAUCUUGGAAUCCAUAAAGCAUCCUUUUAUCGUAGAUCUCAAGUAUGCCUUCCAAACUGGUCACAAAUUAUAUUUGAUAUUGGAAUAUAUGUGCGGUGGUGAAUUGUUCCAUCAUUUAAAUGACGAAGGAAUUUUCAUGGAAGAUACUGCGCGUUUUUAUUUAUGCGAAAUUACGUUAGCUCUACAACAUCUUCACUUGCAAGGAAUUAUAUACAGAGAUUUGAAACCAGAAAAUAUUUUAUUGGAUGCAGAUGGGCAUAUUAAGUUGACUGAUUUUGGAUUAUGUAAAGAGCAUAUACAAGAGGGUGCUCUUACGCAUACAUUUUGUGGAACUAUCGAAUACAUGGCACCUGAGAUUUUAACGAGAAGUGGACAUGGGAAAGCAGUAGAUUGGUGGAGUUUGGGAAGUUUGACGUAUGAUAUGCUUACAGGAGCACCACCAUUUAGCUCAAAUAGCAGGAAGAGAACUAUCGACAGAAUUCUACGUGGCAAAUUAUCUCUCCCAGCAUAUUUAACUGCCGAUGCUAAAGAUCUUAUUCGGAAAUUAUUGAAGAGACAAGUUGCGCAAAGAUUGGGAUCUAUUCAGUCGGAUGGUGAAGAAGUAAAGGCACAUAAAUUCUUCAAACAUAUCAAUUGGACCGACGUUAUAUCUCGACAGUUAAAACCUCCUUUUAGACCAAAAUUGUCUAGCAAAGAAGAUGUAUCACAAUUUGAUAAGAAAUUUACUACUUCAGCACCAAUAGACUCCCCAGUAGAUUACACUUUGAGCGAGUCAGCUGAUGGGCUAUUUCAGGGAUUUACAUAUGUAGCACCAAGUAUAAUGGAAGAUUUAUUUCUUCAACAACCCUAUCUAAGUACCAUGUCAUCACCACGAGUCAUAAAAGCUAGAAGUCCUCGCAAAGCUACUCGCGGUUUUUCACCUCGAACGACGCAUCUCCAUUUUCACAAUACCCAUUUACCAAAUCACACAACGCAGUAGGAAAAAAUAGACAUAAGCAAGAGUGAUUGUAAAUUACUCACGAAAGCUCCAAACUACCCAAGUGUUCAGUAGGCCAUGCUAGCAAGCAAAUAUCUUUUAAUUAUUUAUAACAGAUAACCGGAUAGUCGAAAUGUAAUAUUGCUCGACACUCUUUCUCUCAGAUAUUUUUUGUCCGUACAUGGAAACGUUCUCUUACAGGCAAGUUGCAUUUCGACUACGUCGCGACUACAUUUAUAAGUACGUAUAUACCUUAUAAAAUCACGUUAUAUACUCACAGCUGUAUUUAAGAGAAAUGUGUAUUCAGAGACAAUGAGAAUUUCUAAUCGGUUUUUCAGUACGUAUCUGAACACAUGUAUUUUCGACUUUAAAGCAGGAAUGUGCCUACAGAGUUGUCAAGACGCUGUUCGAAGAUAUAUAUUACUCGACGACAUACUGAAAUUUAUAAGAGAGAUACCAGUUAUGUGUCCUGAAUUACCCACUGUCAGAUUUUGAUAGAUACCAAAACUGCUGUAUAAACUAUAUAACUGUUACCUAAGAUUCGCUUUAAAUUAAAGCAUGCCAGAAUUAUGCGGAAACGCUACUUGACAUCACUGCCUCACACAACGCACGCGUUGUUACUUCCGCGGGAUUCCAUGUAAUGAGUCUUGUUUAUGAAAUCAGGGCAUUUUUGCAAGCGAGAGACCGAGAGUGCGUCCCGCGAGCACGAGAGAGUUUUUAGUAAAUUAAUCCUCCUAACUAAAUCGACGCGCUCUCAAGGAAACAUUGGUGCUGAUGCGGUUUAUUUUGAUUUUUACUUUUAGGAGGAAUUAGCUGUUUUUAUUAUUGUUUUAAUGAUUGUUUAAAUGAUUAGACAAAUGUUUUAUAUAUACCGCGUCAUGCGAUGGUCUCGUGCUCAUUUCUAAUGUGUUAGCUAAGUUCAAUCUUAAUCAAAUUAUAUUAUGUAGUUAUAAGAUUUUUUUUGCAAUAAGUAUAACUUCCGUCUUACCGUCAGUUCUCACGCAAGAGUGCCAGGAAUCUGUGCACUUCGGAUAUCAUUGUCAGAUGUUCACAUGCGCGCGAACAAAAAGAUAUUCGAAUAGUAUAUAACGAGAACUGAUAUUUCUGCCGUUCGUUAAGCGGAUCGAUCUGUCGAUUCGAUUCUAGUUCUAUUUUGAUAAGACAAAAAUUAACAAAAAUCAGCGAUUUAGUUUAUAAUUUUCUAGCAUACAAAGAAAACAUACAUAUUUAUUUGUAACGUGAAAUGCAUUAGACAUUUAAGGGAUGGAAAAUAUCAUCGAACGAUAUGUAACGAAGUCUAGCCAUUAGACGGAAAAGUGAUAAAUGAUUUAUGCUUCCAUUUAAGAUUAGGGUUACCUUAUCACUGCUUUAUGAUUUGUAAGCCUCUAUAAAUCGUAUUCAUAAAUAAAUAAGCAACGAUUUCCGAGGGUGUAUGUAUGUGCGAGCGUAAAUGUGCGUGUAUGCGACGCGUGGGUGGGUGACAUGUCUUUGUCAUAUGUAUCAUUUUACUUAUUUCAGUGUUAUGUACAAUAAAUUGGGUAUAAAACUAUCACUUCGCUCUAAUUUAACAUUAUCAUGACUGAAUUUUAUUUUCUCGCUGUUAAGACUCUUAUCCUCGCUGCUAGGCUAAAACUCCCUCCAGGUGAUCUCCAGGUGAUCACUAUUCUCUAGACUAUUCUAGAGAUUAGAGAGGAAAUCUUUUGCAACUUACAGUUUCCAGAAUUUUUAAUUUUACGGACCAUUACAUUUAUCAUUGACGCAUAAUGCACAAUUCAUAGAUUCUAGUACACAGAAAUAAAGUUUAAAAAGUAAAGGGAGAAGGAAGAUAUUUGUUA